AUGGCGCUUCCCAAUUUGUCCAAUUACUUGGACGACAUCGAUAACUACAGUGACUACCCAGAUUACACCUAUGAGGAGACCGGCAGCGUGUGGACAGACCCGUCCCACGACCCGAAGGACGUUGCGAGGAUCCUCUCCGUCGUCAUCUACAGCGUGUCCUGUGUGUUGGGCAUCCUGGGGAACGGCCUCGUCAUUGCAAUCAUAACUCUGAAGAUGAAGAAGUCGGUCAAUGCCAUCUGGUUCCUCAACUUGGCCGUCGCCGACUUCCUCUUCAACAUCUUCCUGCCCAUAAACAUUGCUUACACGGCCAUGCGGUACAACUGGAUCUUUGGGACAGUCAUGUGCAAGUUGAACUCCUUCCUCCUCAUCCUCAACAUGUACACCAGUGUCCUUCUGCUCACCACCAUCAGCUUCGAUCGCUAUGUGUCAGUGGUUUUCCCCGUCUGGUCUCAAAACCAUCGGUCGACCAACCUAGCGUAUUUAGUUUGCUUGAUUAUCUGGACCGUCGGCAUCAUUAUGAGCUGCCCAUCUCUUGUCUUCCGAGACACGGCACAAGCCCACAACUCCGUGAUUUGUUUUAGCAACUUUUCCCUCUCCAGGAAUAAGUCUUACCAAGCCCUGGCACUAAUAAGGCACCGAACAGUGAACAUCACCAGGUUCCUCGCUGGGUACAUCCUUCCCAUAACCAUCAUCACUUUCUGCUACAUCGCCAUCGUCUUCAACUUGCGUCGAAACCGCCUUGCCAAGUCCAAAAAGCCCUUCAAGAUCAUCGUCACCAUUAUAGUCACCUUCUUCCUUUGCUGGAGUCCCUACCAUCUGCUGAACCUCCUGGAAACAGAGCCCGACAUGAUCCCGCGCUCCGUGUUUGAGAUCAGCAUCCCCAUAACGACGGCGCUCGCUGCCUCCAACAGCUGCAUGAACCCCGUCCUCUAUGUCUUCAUGGGCCAGGACUUUAAGAAGUUUAAGGUCACCAUCCUUUCCAGACUGGUGAACGCUCUCAGCGAGGAGACAGGCCACUCCAGCAUCGUUCACAGGAGUUUCUCCAAGAUGUCUUCAAUGACUGAGAAGGAGACAACAGUCCUCUAAACUCAACCUGGAUGCCUGCAGGAGGUCCAUAGUCCUCCGGUG